AUGGAAUUAGCAAAUGUAGUGCUUCCAGUGUUGAUUCAGAGUUUGGCAUUGAAUAAUGUGGAUACCGGUGAAUGCAUAACGAGGUGGAUUGGGCACGAUGCAGAAGUCACAAAGCUCGCUUACGGAAACACUGUUGGAAAUCACUUUGUGCUGAGUGGUUCCAGGGACCAAACCAUUAAACUGUGGCAGUUUCACUCGCAGAAUCCGCAGAAGAGCUUCGAGGGUCAUUCUUUAGGAAUCACAGGCCUUUCGAUGAUUACUGAGAAUACAUUCGUGUCUGGAUCUCGAGACACUACCCUGAAGAUCUGGGACGUGGAAACAACGAGACGAGCUCUGCGAAGCGCUCAAGUGAAUCGAAAUCUGGUAACACAUCUCACUUUUAGUGCCCAUUGCAAUGUGAUUGCCCAAUCAUCGGAGGACGAAGAAGUAAAAAUGUGGGACCCACGGAACCUCGAACUGGUGGCUGAACUUCCGCGGAAGCAUCACAUUCAACUGCACUGCGAGUUCAUCGACGACACCACGCUCGCGUCCUCCAGCAGUGGUUUCAAUGGCGAUGGUUGUGAAAUUUCGGUCCGUUGUAUUUUGUUGCGGGAACUUCGUGGUCAUGAAGGCUCGGUGACGUGCGUCAUCGGGCUCACACAGCAAGUCACAAUGAAGAAACUUCUGAUGAGCGUCUCAGUGGACCGGACAAUUCGUAUAUGGAACAUAAACGAACCAGGUAAGGCUAAAAUUCACCGUUGGUUACUUCGUUUUCCCACUCAGGGAAUCGGAAUAGUAAGUGAGAAGAUUUACCAUUCUUCUCAUUCUCCAUGA